GCGUGGUCUCUUAGAUCUCUUAGGCUUGCUUAUUCGUUCAGCUCAGUGACGGCAGUAAAGCGAGGGAAGAAGGAAAGGAGGCGGAGAGAAAAAGAGAGACUAGCUCCUCCCGCUUCUUUUAAUGUCAACUGGGGGAAUGGGUUGAUUUGACACAUUCCCAGUUGCUGGGAGGUUAUUAGCCUGGGCAGUGGAGGGAUGGAUGGGCGUGAGAGUAGGGCAGUUCCCACUCCGGCUGCUGUAGGGACUCCACAAAGAAAGAAAGGAAGACCGACAGCAACAGACAGGAAUAAAAGGAACAAAGACAGGUCUAAUACGGGGGAAGGAAGGGUUGAAAAAGAAGGAGAACAUGGCACAGAUAGAGCCAAUGGCCACGUAGAAUCUUUUAUUUUAGUAGGAAAGAACAGUAGCCCCUCCAUUUCUCCCCCCCCCCCGCCCUUCCCCCCUUUCUCCCAUUCCCUGUGGUAGGAGUCUGGAGUCUUUAGUGGUAAGAGAGGAGCGAGAGAGUCUAGGCUAGCAGAGACCUCUCCCUAUAGAACUGGCUUCCUUGGUGAAAGAGGAAGAGGAAGAGAGUUUCCCCUUUUUCCUUCUUCCCGAUUUCGAGUAUUGACUAUUCUUUAAUCCCAAUUCCUGGUCUCCCCCCGUGUCCCCCCACGUCUCAGAUGAGAAACAUGGGGGCUAAGUGUCUGUAAAUCUCUUGGUAACUGGGAUGGGGGUGGGGGCUCCAGGAAACAGCCUGGUUUAUGAGGGGUGAGGGGAUUAGGUGUUUUUCUCGUUGAUUCUCCCCUUCCCCCCAUCUCCCUAGAAGUCAAGAAAACGACCUGGAGGUUCUUGGUUAGCUUUUUUGUUUUUAAUUUUUUGGUCCGGUGGCAGCUGCUGUCUGGAAAAAGAGGCUUUCCGGCAGGGGGGCGGACAAAAGUCUUGGCAUUUGUGUGUGUAGGGAGUGCACGGCCGCUUAGAGCCACUUGCAAGGGGGGUCUGACCUUUGCUUCUCCUGGGAGGCAAUGCGAGCUGAAGACCCCCAUAGUUGUGCCACAGUACCUCGUACAGCCUUGGAAUAAAGAGCUGGAGAAUGUGCUUGACCCUGAACUGAGAGGAAAUCCAGAAGUGAUGGGGGGUUGCAUGGGCAAACUGAGACUCGGGGAGCGGUACCCCAGUUCAGGGAAGGAGGGUUGCCCCUUCUGAGGGGCUUAACCCUAGAAAAGGAGGAGAAAGAGGAGGAGCCCGGGGGGUGCAGAAGCAACUACUCCCGCCCCACAAACGCUUCCACCCAUCGCCCACACCAGGGCCGUGAGAAGGCGAGGAGGCGGAAAAUCUCGGAAGCGCUCGCCCUGGCUCCUUGCUGCAGGCGCUGGGGAAAGCAUUUGCAAACAAGUGUCUGUCGCGGUCUAAUCUAGGCCCACCCCUGCUGGCGUCCCUUCCUCACUCUGGGGCUGGCUCUUAUGGGGCAAGCGGAAGACAUUCAGCCACUCGCCACACAGUCCGCGAGCAGCCGCUGCCGAGACCUCGUCCUCCUGCUCCUCCUAGUCCCAUAGUCCCAUCUCCGCGGCGGUGGCGCUGGGUGUGGAGAACUCUGCUCCUUUGCAAACAGCUGGGCGGAUUGGGGGUUCUCAGCUGGACUAGUGCCUGGGUAUUCACAAGGAUCUAUAACGACCUAAGCAACGUGGUUUUGUUGUGGAUUUCGUUCUUGUUUCCCUCCCCCAACCCCGGGAAGCUUCGGAGGUGGCUCGAGCUACCUCCCAUUUUCCAUCUCUUUCUCUCUGGGGAAGAGUUGCCGCCUGGAGAAUGGAUUAUAAUAAACCUGGCGACGGGGAGAGGAGCAGCUCGUGAAGCCCUUUGCGUGCCCACCGCCGCUGCCCAUCUCACUCGAGUUCUGAGCUCGUCACCCUAGACAUCCCCCAGCAGGGGUCAUCUGGAAGAGGGGUUAAAAAUCAACCUCCAGAAUUGAGAGGGGCUCGGAGAGGAGAGCGAGUGCUUUGUGGUGUGCUGUGAGUGUCGGUGUUGGUAUCUGUGAGCGCGCCUGGUUUUGUGUGCGGUGGAGGGUGUCAUUUUUCCUUCAUUAGGCUUAAUUUCGUGAUCCCUCUUGCACGUGAUUGAAUUGAUUAAUAAUAGAGGGGUGGUGGGGAGCUCCUUCCCGGAGGAACCUUCCUACUAUGACAGCCUUGGUCUCCGAAGGGUUAACUUGGGCUACUUGGCAAAGUUAUCACUGGAACCUAUUUGGUGAGCUUUAAUUUGAGCUUGCGCUGGUGGUCGAGAGGCUCUAAGAGAGUGGAGUCGUCUUAGUGAAGUAGUUUGUGUUUUUUGGGGGGGUUGGGUGGGGAGUGUGUCCCCCCAAUUGUCUACCCUCUUUGAUGACUCCUGGAGGCGGUGGGCCCAUGAAAGACUGCGAGUACAGUCAGAUCAGCACUCACAGCUCCUCUCCCAUGGAGUCUCCCCAUAAGAAAAAGAAAAUCGCGGCCAGGAGGAAAUGGGAGGUUUUCCCAGGAAGAAACAAAUUCUUUUGUAACGGGAGGAUCAUGAUGGCUCGGCAGACCGGCGUCUUCUACCUGACCCUUGUCCUCAUCUUGGUCACUAGCGGACUCUUCUUCGCAUUCGACUGUCCAUAUUUAGCUAUGAAAAUUACUCCGGCUAUCCCUGUGGUUGGCGGGAUCCUAUUUUUCUUUGUGAUGGGCACCCUGCUUCGGACAAGUUUCAGUGAUCCUGGAGUCCUGCCCCGAGCAACGCCAGAUGAAGCUGCUGACCUGGAAAGGCAAAUAGGUAACUCUGAAGAUAUAGCAAAUGGUGCCAGUUCAGGGGGGUACCGUCCACCUCCCCGAACAAGAGAAGUCAUCAUCAAUGGCCAGACAGUUAAACUUAAAUAUUGUUUCACCUGCAAGAUUUUUCGUCCUCCUCGUGCCUCUCAUUGCAGCCUUUGUGAUAACUGCGUAGAACGGUUUGAUCAUCACUGUCCCUGGGUAGGCAACUGUGUGGGGAAAAGAAACUACAGAUUUUUUUAUAUGUUUAUUUUAUCUCUGUCUUUUCUGACAGUCUUUAUAUUUGCAUUCGUUAUCACCCACGUCAUUCUUCGUUCCCAGCAAACAGGUUUUCUAAAUGCUCUCAAGGACAGUCCAGCAAGUGUGCUGGAAGCUGUGGUGUGUUUCUUUUCCGUUUGGUCCAUUGUUGGGCUCUCAGGUUUCCACACAUAUUUGAUCAGCUCCAAUCAAACUACAAAUGAAGAUAUUAAAGGAUCUUGGUCAAAUAAAAGAGGUAAAGAAAAUUACAAUCCCUACAGCUAUGGAAACAUCAUUACAAAUUGUUGUGCUGCCCUCUGUGGGCCUAUCUCUCCAAGUCUAAUCGACAGAAGAGGAUUUAUCCAGUCGGAUACACCUCAGCCAGCAGCACCAACAAAUGGAAUCACCAUGUAUGGGGCCACACAGUCUCAGAGCAACAUGUGUGAUCAAGAUCAGUGCAUUCAGAGCACCAAAUUCGUUUUGCAGGCUGCAGCUACACCGUUGCUCCAGAGCGAACCCAGCCUAACCAGUGAGGAACUCCCUUUGCCAGGAAAGACCACACUAGGCGCUCCCUGUGCCACCUUGUCCCUGGGGCAGCCAACACCACCCUCCUCCAUGCCCAAUCUCACGUCAGAAACUAUUUUGACAGAUAUGAUCCCAUUAAAAGAGGAACUCGAUAGCCAUCAGUUCCUUACACCAGAGGAAGCCCCCUCACCCCCUGGUAUGCUGUCAACAGGCAGUCCUAUCACGCAUAGUCACACCCUGCAUGUCCUAAGUUUGGCCAGCCAAGACUCAUUGCAUGAAGACUCAGUGCGUGGCCUCGUGAAGCUCAGCUCAGUCUGACCGAUGUGGACAGUCCAUGCCGGGACAGGCGCAGUGCACUUUUCCAAGGACUUUGCUACUCUUGAGACCAGAUGUUGAAGCCAACAAGAGAACUUCCGAGCACUCCAUCUUCUAAUUCCAUCACUGGCCUUGGCGAUGAGGACACCAUGUUGUGGGUUAAAUGAACAUCUAUAAAGUGGAUCGAUUGAUUUCAAAAGUUAUUCGGGGGCAGGUCUUAAAGCUCUUUUGUCUUAUUUGACUUUUCUUCCCUUUUCCCCCAAUUCUUCCUCCCCUUCCAGAGUAAAUAAAAACUGAAAUUGAUACCAACAGUCCAGUUUUCUGAAGCCUUGGGCAAGUGGGGAUAUCUCAGCAAGCUGGAAUCAUUUCUGGAUCUUUAUUCCUCUAGAAGAAAAAUCUUGGAAUAUAAAUGCCAUGCUCUGUGUUCUUUGUUCUUGUAAUACACACUGGUUAAGGGUUUAUGAUGUUUUGUGGCCAGAUUGAAAUGCACUUAAGUGUUAUACUACUAAUAUUUGAAUUUAGACAAUUGCCAUUCCGUUGAUUAGUUUUAAACAGUUUUUAAAGAAAAAGACAAACAAAAAAAGACCAGCUGUAGAUUUUUAUGCCACAUUGUAGUAUGUAUUACAGUGGUGUUGGUAUUAACAGAUGUGCUGCUUUUUUUUUAAAUUGUGAAUUUCCACAUUCAGUUUUCAUUGAAAGACAAUUGCAAAACCAUGGACAUUGUUAUUAUUUUUCAACUCUUCAACAUUAUUUUCUGUGGAUAGGUGGUGCCUCCCACAGCCUGGGUUUUAACACAUUACUUAUCAUUUAGCCUUCUUCUGUUAAAUAUUUAGAUUAGGUGUUGUGUUGUGCCGUGUCUGCAGAGGGUCAAUCUCCCCACCAUGGAUGAGAUUUCUGGUGGACAUCCAAUAAAUAUGGUGCCCUCCUUCUUUGGGUUGCGUUCAGUUAUCCUUCUAAAAGCCUAAAGGUCUGGAGGACCACAAAAGGUUUUGUGGUUGGAAAAAUAGCCUGGAUUCACAGUGAAUCAGAUCAAUGAGUUAUAUCAUACUGAUGGGAAGGCUUCUCUAGGAGAAAGGUGACUUUCUGUCCAGUUUCUAUUAUUGACUGACUGCUUACGGCUUGUUAUUAAGGGAAUUAACCUGCGUUGGCAUUAUAGAAAGUUCAUUGCUUCUGUAGACAAAAGAUAAAGGAGCCGCUCACAUGGGCGAUUGACUGUGACACUCUCUUCUCCAUUUAUCCUGUUCUGUGUGCUGAGGGCAAAGGAACGAAAAGGUGGAACCUAUUAGAGAUGUCAAAUGAACUUGUGGGAAGGAUAUGCUGCGAUCUUGAGAGGUCAUUCCUUGUAACUGUCCCAUUAAUCAGAAUAGAAUUAGGAAAAUUACCCACUCAUUCCCUUUCAAUUGAAACUUGGGACAAGGGUUGGGAGGACAUUGGAUUUCAUUUAAGGAAAAUUCAACUCAGGGGUAAUUGCAGGGGACCCAACUUGUUAUCAGAACUGCCAUGUGCUCUACUUGCUUUCCUCUUCAAAUGAUAACGCCUGCAAUGAUUUCUUCUCAGGAUAAAUUAAAUUCUGCAAAGCAAAAUAAUGCUCUCUGUCCACGACGGGCUAAUGGUCAAGGUGUAUUUAUUAUUGAUCAAGGAGUCCAGACACUUUGAAUUAAUGGAAUGAGGCCAUUUCCCCUGAUAUAGGGUGGGAGAAAAUGGCCUUCUUGUUGAAAGAAAAAAAGAAGCACAAUCUGGGUCCUGGAACAAAGCCAUCCCUACAGCACUGAAGCCACACCCAGAUCUCCCCUCUUCUCUUGACAUUACAAUAAGAAAAAACUUUGAAGCAAUUUAGAGCUGUGCCAAAGUGUGAUGCGCUGUCUUGGGAAGCAGUGAGCUCCCCAUCAGCAGAGGUAUUCAGGCCAAGGUUGGAUGACUAUCGGUUGGGUAGGUUAUAGAAGAGUUUCUCCUACAAGCACAGGCUGGAAGAGACAGCCUCUGACAUCCAUUUCUCUGCUGAGAUCCUGUGAUUCUGAGUCACUCAUAAACAAAAGAAGCCAGAUUUAUCCCUUGGUGGCAGUUUCCAAAGACUCUCUUUGCACAAGUUCAUAAGCCUGCCAGUCACCCCCCGCCCUUUUGCUCUUUGUGAAGAAGUAAAACAAUGUGCCUUCUCAAUGUGGUUCCCUGAAACUGGUAAAGGGAGAAAGCUUGGCAUUGUGGAGUAAGGAAGAUCUUAGUUCAAAUCCUGCCUCAGACACUUAUUAGCUGUGUGGACCUAGACAAGUCAUUUAACCUCUAUCAGCCUCAGUUUCCUCAUCUGUAAAAUGAGGGUAAUAGGGGGCAGCUGGGUGGCUCAGUGGAUUGAGAGCCAGGCCUGGAGACAGGAAGUCCUAGGUUCAAAUCUGGCCUCAGACACUUCCCAGCUGUGUGACCCUGGGCAAGUCACUUGACCCCCAUUGCCUAGCCCUUACCACUCUUCUGUCUUGGAGCCAAUACACAGUAUUGACUCCAAAAUGGAAGGUAAGGGUUUAAAAAAAAAUGAGGGUAAUAAUGGCACCUACCUCACAGGGUUGUUGUGAGGAGCAAAAAUGUGAUGAGAUAGGGAAAGUGUUUUGAAACCUUAAAGCACUAUGAAAAUAUUCCCUAACAUGAAAUGGAAAGAAGACCGGAGGCUUGACUUACAGUGUGUGGCCAGGGGUAGGUCAGUUUUUCUUCCCUCACCUACAUUUUCUCCCUCAAGACUAGAUUACUUCCAAGAUUCCUGCCAGCUUUCAUGUUCAAAUGUUCUAUGAUUUUUCUGGGACCAAGACUCCCCCUCCCCCUUUUUGGGAAAGUCCCCUGGAGAGUAAUAAGGAGUCCUUAUCCUCCUGGAUGGUGGGGCGUUCAUAAAAAGCUUUUUUUUCUCUUCCUCUAGCCUCAUCCCUCUCCUCUACCUUCUCUACUAACCACUCACUACAUUAUUUAUCAAACUCUGCUUUCAAGUAAGCAUGGCUGUUCAGGAUUUACUAUUCUAUUAAAACUUGGACCAUUAUCAAAAGAACCAUUUCUCCAGGGGGAGUGUGUUUAGUUCAUGCAGCCUGCCUCGAGGGUCCUUCCUCUUCCCCCCACCCUCCAACCCCCUUCCUCCUCAAGUCCAAGUUUGGGGAUUAAAUGCAUCUGUGUUUAUCCUGGCUCUGCCCUUCCUAUUGGUUCCAAGGGCUGCUUUCUGGAAGCUUGAGUGUCCUUCACCAUCCCAGGGUGACCCGACCUAAUCUAUAUUUUUAGAUAUUUGAGCCAUCCAAGCAAGCUAUUAUCAAAUAUGUUUUGAUAUUUUACAAACUGUCGGUGUCACAGAUUGAUUGUUUGCUAUAGGUAUGAGUGAAGUGAGAUAAAUAUUUUACUAUGUUUCUAAAACUUGGGCCAUUAUCUCAUACACACACAAGCUUUAUUGUUUAAAGAUUCAUCUGCUUUUGGUUUUCCCAGGAAAGCUGGGGCAGCGCAGAUGCUGCCCAGCUCUUCAGUGGGAUGACCGAGUUUCGUCCAAUUACUCCUGGCUUCUGAAAAGGAGGACUGACCAAAACAUCCUCAGAUCUGUAGACAGCCUGUGCUUUGAGAGUUCAGUGACGAGGCACCCCGGGGCCCCGGGAGUUUGUUGUCACAUUCUGUCCUUCAACCAAGCUGAAAUAUGACAGUUUCUUUCAUUCAUGCGGUACUCACCCAGCCUAUAAAAAUGAUGCCGCAUCUUCCUUAGAAUCUUCUAUUUGGACAAUUUCUAGUGCCCCGAAGGGCCUUUUUCUAAUUCCAUUGUAGAGCUCAAUUGCACUGUUUUUCUUACCCUUUCAUUUUGUGUGUGUGUGUGAUUGACUCAUCAGGGUCAAAAAUGGAAAGUAAAUAUUUUAUUUGCCACCUUGUAAUCUCAUCUCAGCUCUGAGAUUUUGUUUUUUAUUCCCUCUCACCUCCUAUUUCUUAUGAAUUUGUUUGUUAUUUAGAGGCUGUAUAGUAACACUGAAAGAACACUAGAUUUGAAAUCAGAAGAAUUGAGUUUAAAUCCCACCUCUACUACAUAACCCCGAUGACCUUUGAACAGUCGUUUAACUUCAGUGGAUUGUAGUUUCCUCAUCUGUAAAAUGAAGAGAUCAAAUUAAAUGCUCUCGAGGUUCCUCCUACUUCUCAGUCCUAGGAUCCUUUGUCUGCCCUUUCUCCUAGCUGCCAACCAAAAGAAAACCAAACCUCAAACUUCACUGUGUUGGAUCUGGUCUCCUUGGCACUGUUGCCUUGUGAGGACAUCUACUGGAAAAUGCAGAGAAUUUUUUGUAAACUUUGCCAUUCAGUGGCUCUUGAAGGGACUGAGUCAGUCCAACUUGCAGAAGAAGAGCCAAUGCUGUCCUCCAUCACCGUCCACCUUGACAGACACAGACACAGGAGCAAAAGCUUUUCAUGGACUUUGGUUCUUCCCUUCUGGACCUGUGCAGAUCUGAAUGGUGUUGAAUCUAAAACUUCAACCUCUCAAUACACGUGUUGUCACAAUAAGUCAACCUAACUAUGGUCAGGUCUACGUGAGACAAAAUGAAGAGCAAAGAUUGCGUAUAUGUAGCGUAUUGAGCUGUGUGCACAUGACCCAAUGUGGAUAAUUGAUAAGGGGAGAGGGUUAGGAUUCAUUUACUCUUUUGUAUGUAUUUGUAUGUGUCACGUAUUUUCAUGGCUGCCUGCCAAGGUAUCAAGAAUUUGGUUUUAUAAUCCUAAGGGAUAUUUGCAGAUUUGUCUUAUUUUUUAUGAUAAUCUUUUGCGAGAGUCCAAUGUACAAAUUAUUUUAUAGGGUAGGAGGGAAUGGGAGGGGUGGUAAAAGGAUGGAAGGAGAAGCAAAAAAGGGAAAAGAGGGAGAAUGGGUUUGACUAUUGCUGCCUUAUGACUGUCUUUAAGCUGAGCCUAAAUAAAAGUAAUGUUUACAGUUCUCUUCAUCAAAUUCUAUGAUUUUGUGGUAAUCUGGUGUGUUCUUAUCCAAAAGGGAGAGAUCUUAAGAUGUGUUACCUGCUCCUCCACCUUUUAUAUCACUUCCUAAAAGAAUGCCUCUGAUUUGUUUCUUUAAAAUAUGUCCCUUCCCAUCUUUUAAAAUAAUUUACCAUUAAUAGAUUAGAUUAGUUACAACAUUGUUCUCAUUGCAAUCAUAAAUUGUAAAUCAGUGAAUCCUCUAGCAAGUUGCCUAUUGUACACGGUCCUGAUAAUGCAACCAAGAUGGAUUUCCAAAUACAAGUGGUUACUACAUUAAUUCAGCCAUUAAAAAUAAUUGUGUAGAUAUAAGAUUAGAUUGCUUCUGGAGCAACUGAAUUUGCAGCUGCCACAAUGAGAUGAAUGGCUUCAACUGGAAUUAUUUUCAGAUCUCAUAAAUCCCAGGAAUUAUAUGCAGAAUGAGUUGGGAAGCAGAUGGACAUUUUGUAAUGUGAAGAUUUUUUCCCCCUUCCAUCAGUUGUUGCAUUUUAAAAGGAAAUGUGGUAUUGACUUAUGGAGUUCUGAAUCAAUGAUUGUCUUAAUUGUCCUUGCUUUCUUAACAUGCACAGUUAAACUGGGAGGCCAUAUGGUCCAUCCAAUGAGAUUUGUUUUGCACUGUUCUGUAUGAGUGGAGAUUGUUUUAGCCUGUGGUGGAAUAUGACUUUGAAGCUCUAAUGACCUUAUUCUUGGGGACAGUUUUGGUUUGUACUUUAUUCUAAUGGAGCAUUCUGGUAUAUCCCCCAAAUAAAAAUAAAUAAAAACUAUUGGUAUACUCAAGGCUCUGAAACUGAACAAUGAAAGACAUAUGGGCCACAGCAGUGUGUAUUUUCAGAGAUGUGUAUGCCUAUCUAAGUGCCUCUUUGAUGUUUUAAUCAAUGCUUGCAUAAUUGAUUUUUUAAACCCACUGAACUGAAUUUAGACAACAUUUUUCCUGCCUCAAUAAAAGCUGUUCAUAGUGUCGAA